UUCCUGUGUGGCCAAGGUAGCCAUACGGGAAGCGUAUUAGCUGUGUUCUUUCUCAAAGACCAUUUAUUUCAUAUUUUCAAUCAGGUGAAAGUUUUUAUUCAGUUCGAGUAAAAAAAUAACAUUCAUCUCACCUGAGCGACACAAGGAUUCGCAGAUACCGCCAACGUCGAGCACCCAGGAGUUAUUGAAAAAGCAGACUACUGAAGAAGCUUAGAAAAGAAGGCAGAAAAUGACCUGAAUUCUCAGAAGUGAAAGAUUAAGGUAAAUGUGUCCGUAUCACUCCCAUUUCACCUGGGUCCACGCUUCAGUUUCCAAUGCCAGAUGGAUUCCUAUAAUUUCCACUUUGAGAGAAUGAGCAACCUGGACCUGCACCCUCUGAGCCUACCAUUGAGUCGGCUCUCCCCAGCCAAGUCCACUAGCAGCAUCGACCAGAUCACCCACCAGCACGGCAAGGGCGACUCGGCCUACAGUUCCUUCUCUGGGGGCUCCAGUGCCCCAGAAUAUCCGUCCCCCCUCCUUUCAGACGACCUCCAGCACCACAGCCUGCACUACACAGACCUGAAGUAUGUGAAGGCCAUCUACCACCCCAACGUCCUCGACUCUGACGCCAAGAGCAUGGAUCAGCUCUACCGCUCGGUGGAGGCCAUCUCAAAUCAGUACCGCCACAACGAUGGCUGCCUGAGUGCUUCACAGUACUGUGAUCAGAAUCAGGAAACGCUACCGCCCCCUCCUCCCCUGCCACCUCCACCCCCCGCCCGCAUGGACAGCUUCAUAGCCACCAGGAACUUGGAGAACUGUAGGGCACAGCACGGCCCCGAGGGCCAGCUGGCAGACAGGCCACCUCCACGGCCCCAGACAAAUAAUUCUGUUGCUGCCUGUCUCAAGCCUGACCUAGUCUAUGGCCACCGGGCCUCACAGCCCUAUCACAGGGACCCAGUCGACCCUGACCACACAGUUAAUAACACUGAGCAACAAAAGUCAGCAAACAUCUUAAGUGGAUCACCCCCUCACACGAGUCAGCCUGAGCAGCCCAAACAGCAGUCUGGUAGCGGCGAUGGCGGGCACUUGGAGGGUCAGCGCCAGAGGGCGCACUUGGCCCAUGGCUCCCUCAUGCCGGAGCAGCAGCGGUCCUCCAGCCCCUGGCAUGUGGCACAGAACAUGGUCAACAGCAGCAUCCAGCACAAGGGCCAGUUCUACUUCGUUACAGGUGUUUGUAAGUCCAGUCUGAAGCAUGGCUCUCUGUGUGUGCCAGAGGUGGGCAGUGAGAGCCCUGUGCCAGCGCCAGUGGAGACCCACAGGCUGGUGGAGAUGGAGAGUUCACACAACAUCAUGGACAACAUGUUCAGGAACACCCAACAGAUGCAGCACAGCACCCAUGACACCGCAACAACCAAUGACAGGGAGUUUUACACCAAGAGUCAAGAUGAGGAGAAGCUGAUUCAGAGUAGAAUUUCAUUCUCUCACAUUUCAAACCAGGACUCGCGCAGUUUCGAUGCCUUAGAGCAAAGUCAGAAGGUCCAGAGCAGAGUUAUCGGCAGGCAUCACAGCCCCAACCACCACAUCUUCUACUGCGGCCCAGAGGAGAACUGUCCUCCAUUAUCAAACUUCCACAACCUGGUAGUCCCUCCUCCAAUCAGCAUGGAGCAGGCCAAUCACCACAAGAGAUACAAACAGGUCAAGAGAGGGAGGAGGCAGCUAUUAGGAGACGUUGCCAGUGAAAAGAUCAACAAGGAAACCACCCCGCUUCUGUACCACCUCACUGGAGCCAACAGGGUGGCGCUGAGUUUGCACAAGCCCGAAAAGGACAUUGAGGUCAGUGUGAAAAGUAAAGAUGCAGGCCGGAACACCACCCCCAUUAGCUGUAGUGAUACGACACCACGGGGUGAAACAUCCAAGGAAGAGAGAGUGGAGGCUACCUCCCACCCCUGCAACACCCUGGAUGACGCCUUCACGAAGUACUACAAGGAGAAACUGAAGGACGCCCAGUCUAAGGUGCUCAGGGAGACCUCCUUUAAGAGGAGGGACCUGCAGCUGUCCUGGCCCCACAGAGUGAGGCAGAGGCCUGAGCUCAGGCCCACAGUACUUCACAUGGUCUCCUCUUCACAGGACUCUGAGACCUCAACAGACACACUCACCCCCUCCCCAACACACUCUGAGGGGACCGAUGAGGAGAACAUAAAGGAAACGGGGAAGGAGGUUGAGAAGGUGAUAGAGAGCGUGGUGGUGAAGGACAGUGAAAAGGAAAACGGGAGACCAGCGAAUGUUGCCCAGCCUCAGGUGCCUCGGACCAGGGGAAGGAGGCGCCUGACUCCAGAGCAGAAGAAGCUGUGCUACUCAGAGCCGGAGAAUCUGAACCUGCUGGGUGACACACCCUCCCACCACGCAGCCUGCCGUUCCCUGGGCAACGAAAGUGAAGGAGGCCUGCUAGUGCUCUCAAAUGAGGAGGGGGAGUUGGGAGAACAGGGCCUGGUGGCAGCUAGGAGAAAGAUGUUUGAAACCAGAGGCAGGGCCAUGUCUGCCUCCAGCCUCUCCAAGACAUCCCUGAAGCACCUCCAGCACAAGGCCCUGGUGGCCUACAUGGAGCGCAAGACGGGACACAAGGUGGCUGAGUCCCAGCAGCCCAACCCUCAAGCCUCUCAAGUCCCCAGCCAGAGGCACUCCACGGCUGGGAAGCCUUCUGACUGGGAUCCCAGGCCUCAGUCUGGGAAUAAAGAAGGCCCCAAGAAGAAGCUGCACAGGCCCCACUCCGCUGGUCGCAUCCUGGACUCAACCUCCAGCUCGAUAAGGUACUCACAGUUCAGCUCCAGCUCCACCCAGGCCCGAGGUUAUUCCCAACAGGCCAACUGGAGAGAGUUACCCAGCCACUCUCAGGGGAAGUCUGCCUCUGUGGAAAGUCUUCUGGACCAGCCUGAACCACCUGAGUUCUUCAGAAAUCGUUCCACCUCAACGCCCCACGCAUUUCAGGGUCACAACUACAUGAAUGAUCCCUCACCAGUGAAUACUCUGGACACUUCCAGUGCUCAGACUCAGAGGCCAGUAGAUGAGGAGACGGUGGUAAUGAGGAGAGGCCAGGCCAUGUCGGUCCCUGAGGGUCAGCGGGUCCGGGUGGUGGCCCAGCGGGGAAAGUCCAUGGAGGAGCUGGGUAUGUCCCAGGUCAGCCGCUCUCUGGUCCUCAAUAAGAGCUCUGAGCAGCUGGACCAGCUCUGCAGUAGGCAGAUGGGCCCAGGACCAGGCCAGGAGAAGAGGAUCGUCUCAUUCUUCGGCGAGGGCCAGGAGAAAGCCCAGAGGCAGACCAAGAGGAAGCCCCUCUUCAAGCAGGAAUCUGCACCACAGCUGGGCAGUGAGGAAGACAAAGAGGAGAUGACUAAAAGCACCAGAGAGUCUAGUGAGUCUGUCUCCCCUGCAUGGAGAACCUCGUCUCGGAUCAGGACUCGCUCAGACGGCUCCCCCAGAUCAUAUGACUUUGGCCCCCUCGUUAAAGAUGAGAUCGAGACCACUGAGCUCUCCUGCGAUGUCCCACUCCCACCGUCCCAUAACGGUCAGAAGUCCAGUGAGAGAGCGGUCAAGUCUACCUCAACUUCUCCCUCCAUACCCACAAAUCCCAGGGGCACUAGAGAGAGCAAGACUGGCUCCAGCAGAGUGAAGACCGCCCGUCCUUUACACCACUCUAUGGUGAGAGAGCAGUCAGUGGACGAGCCCAGUGUGAGUCCCAAGUCCCCUCAGGAAGUCUCCCUGAGCUGUGGAGUCACCACAGACCCCACUCUGUGGAUCAUACCACCUGAACCAGGGAGCAAAGACGAGGGCGAGGACCCAGCACUUUCUGAUAAUCUGGCCGAGGGAGAAACUCCAAAUCUAGCCCCUGCUCCGGCAGCUUGUGAGCCCCUUACAAUUUCCUCCUCCAUCACACCAGUCCCUGACACUGACACUUCCCAGAGUGGGGAGGGCGAGCAACCAGAGGAAAAAAAGGAAACCAAUGCGGUGGAGGGGGAGACCCCAGCAGGUGAGACAGAGAGCCCAGAAAAGACACCCACCACAGAGGAGUCAAAGUGGGAGGAGCUGGUGGAGGAGGUGGUCACAGCGGACCAAUCGCUGGCUCGGGUGCUGCACCCGUUGACCAAUCGUAAGACGGCGCUGAUGCUAAUGGAGCGUCUACUGUCGGAGGACACUCUGCUGAUGGAGGAGCACUAUAAGAAGAAGCAGGAGCAGAGAGACGCUGCAGACAGCUCUGAAGCGGUGGAUGACCCUGAAGCACAUCCUACAUCUCCUGACGAUGAUCAAAUCCAACCCCAACCAGAGCCACUGAGCAAGGCGGAUGUCACGGAGAAGAAGAGGCUGCUGGUGGUGUGUAUUGAGGAGCGCCUGCGGGCCCUGGAGGAGCCCUGUGGUGCCCUGCAGGUGGAGGUGCAUGAGAAUGGGGUGCGGGGCGAGGCCGUGGAGGCCCUGGUUCGGGAACGAUGUACGCCCGUGGAGCUUGAGCGCUACGGCCUGUUCAUCGGAGACCUGGAACGCGUGGUCAGCCUGCUGCUGUGUCUGUCCUCUCGGCUGGCCCGUGUGCAGAACGCCCUGAGUACCGUGGACCAGCACACAGACGAAGAGGAGAAGGAUUCUCUGGACAACCGUCACCGUCUGCUGUGCAAGCAGUGGGAGGACGCCAAAGACCUGAAGGACAACCUGGACAGACGGGAGAGGAUGGUGUCUAACUUCCUGUCUCGCUGCCUGACGGCCGAGCAGCUACAGGGCUACCAGCACUUCGUCCAGACCAAGGCCUCGCUCCUCAUCAGGAUGAAGGACCUGGACGAGAGGCAGCGUCUGGGGGAAGAACAGCUGGAGUCCCUGCUCAACACCCUCCCUCCCUGGGGACCACCAUCAGGACCCCAUCCUAAUCUAUCAUCUCCCCCAGCUGUCCAUCAACUCUCUGGGCUUAUAGAGCCCUGAAUUGCCUCUGCUUCAUCCAUCCUGGGCUGUCACCAGCCAGCAAAAUGACAUGGAUGUCUGUAAAAAAUAUUUAAAAAAUUAAAAAAAGGAGUCCCUCAGACUCCAUCUGUCCAUAUGUAUGUAUGUAUAAGGAAUAUUUGUGUGCCUUUAGAGGGGUGUAGAAGUUAGGACUACAGUGUGCAAUGUUCAGUAUAUCUAUUAUCACUAUAAUUUUAUGUCCUUUUCACCUCCGCCUGUGACUUUGAAAAACAUUAUAAGCUUUAAGAUUGUAUUCUGGCCUGGAAGUAGUCUGUCUGAAGCCUGGUGAGUGAGGAUAGCCUGAUAAGGUUGCUAAAAUACAGUAUAUCUCAGUCAAAGUAGGUGGUAGAUUUAAUCUCCUUAUGUUUUUGUUUUUUUACGCGUUUAAAAUGAAGGCACUAUAGAUGAAAACCAAAAAGGUGAAUGAAAAAAAGCACUUUGAUAUGCAACUGCACAUUUCUGUUUUCUUUGGAAAACACUAAAUUCAAAAGCUAAGCCUUACUCCAUCCAAUGUUGUUUUUUCAACUGGUUUAUAUAGGAAGUUUAGGAAGUUGGUGGCACCUUAAUUGGGGAGAACAGGCUCGUGGUAAUGGUUGGAGUGGUUUCCAUGUGUUUGAUGCCAUUCCAUUCGCUCCAUUUCAGCCAUUAUUAUGAGUCGUCUUCCCCUCAGCAGCCUCCACUGGUGGUAUGUAUGACAUUCAACGAUGCCAAUUAUGUACAGUAUAGCCCACUGCAAUUUAGGCUACAGAUGUUAUGUCUUAUUGUUUCAUGCUGACAACGUUCCACCAAAGAGGUGAACCUUUUAAAAAAGAUAUGAAGCAUUUCCAUUCCAGAUCAUUUAAAAAGAUAUGAAGCAUUUCCAUUCCAGAUCAUUUAAAAAGAUAUGAAGCAUUUCCAUUCCAGAUCAUUUAAAAAGAUAUGAAGCAUUUCCAUUCCAGAUCAUUUAAAAAGAUAUGAAGCAUUUCCAUUCCAGAUCAUUUAAAAGAAAAUAUCCUUUGUAUCUGACAAACUACUCUGACUUGUAUAAUUUCAAGAAUUAAAUGACCAAGAACUUAACUCUCUUUCCUUUACCUCCUUCCACUAGACUGUUUAUUAGGCUCUCUCACAGUACUCUAGAAGUAGUGAAUCUGUUCUCGCUCUAGUAAUAGUUUCAAUGGAAUCCUUGUGGUGGCCUUCAAUGUCAACAUUCCCCAGGAAAUGACUUCAUGAGUCAUGCCUAUUUAUUUGUUUUGACUUAUGUGGAAAUGCACAACCACAAUUCUUCAUUUUCGACCUUUUGUUUUGCAUAGUAAUGCAAAAAAAAAAAUAUAUGAAUGCAUAAUAAUGUUUGCUUCGUGUUCUUUGGUCCUUGUGUGAUGUUGAUUUCUGUUUUGCUAUGAUCAAUAUUGUUUGAAUAUUUGACCAUGUGGAAUGAACAGCGUUGUUAUGAUCCUGUGCUAAAUGAUGAUCCAGCAGAGCUUACUUACAUCACUGCUUCCCUCUGAUUGAUACUGUAUGUGUUCAUUGUAAGGGGAUUAGGAUGAGAGAAACCUUUCCCUGUUUAAGUAACAGUACCAUGUGUUUGCUUUGUGUUCUUUGGUCCUUUGUUUGUUUGCCCAAUCCUAUUAAUUCACAGAUGAAUAUUGUUAUUAUUGCUCUCAUACAUGUGCUCAUGCACUAUAUUACUAUAUAACGUUCACCCACGAGUGGAUCUUCUGUUUGAGGACUUCCUCAGGCGUUGAUGGUUGCAGAACUGAAAGAAGAUGAAAACUUGUCAAUGUACUGUUCAUCGGCAGAAUGGAUUUUUUUUUUUUUGCGAAAUAAUUAAGAGAGAACACAAACAAUAUACAUUUCCACAAAAUAUUCUAAUGUACACUGCUCAACUCUCUCACUCUACACAUUUCUCUGGAGAUUUACGGCGAUGUCCAUUUCAGUUUGCUAAACAAAUGUGUGUUUGUUUUGGCCUUCGUAUAGAGGACAGCCACAAAGGUGAAGUGGGAUUCUGCCUCAGAGCCUCAUUGUUUAUAUGGCCUGAAGGAAUUCCUGAGACAUGCGAAAGAUCUGUCCCUGGAAACCGAGGCAGAGCGUCACCAACAGAAAGGACAUUCUUGCUUUCAACAGACCCAUGCUAUUUCCUGCUAUGUAUAUAAACAUAUAUUAUUGUUAGUAACUUAUCAUUUAUUUUUACCCAUUUGUCAAAAAGUGUUAAUAAAUAUCCCACAACAGGACUGAUGUUUUGAAACAGGUAUUGUUUGUUUAGUGGGGGUAGGGUUUUGCAAUCCGGAAAGAGAUCCAUUUAGAAAGGAUAAUCACAAUGAAUGACACGUUUAUUGGUUUUCAAUCAAUCCCAGUCUUGGGAUGACAGUAUGGGCCUUUGUAUUUCCUCUGCCUGUCUCCAUUGUGUCUGACUCACUGUCACCUCCCUGUGUUGUGUUUUGUUUUCCUUGUGGAAAGUUUUCUUAAUUAGUUGCUUGAAAUUGUCAUGACAUUUGUUAUAUUGUGAAUAAAUUAAACAUUCUCCUUCCACCAAACCGUUCGCUACAUCUGAAUAAAAAUGGCCUAAGGUACAUCUAACUCA